AUGGCUGACAGGCCUACGACGCUCCCAUCCCCUUCAUCCGACAAGGAGGCCAUAUUUUACUAUGCCGGCCUGCCCUCUGGCCCCCGCUUGGUCGCUCGCACUGGCACCACUCCCUGGAAGGAGCCCACUGGCCCCGAGGCGUACCGCAAGCUCAAGGAGCUCCGCCCCGUCGGCAACCACCCACUCAGUGAGGUCUGGGAAGACGGCCUGGCUCUCAAGAUCCACGACCUUCUGGACACGAUGAAGGUCAAAUGGACUAGCAUCGACGUCGUCCGCAUCAGGGACGUCGAAACGUCUUCCGCCCCCGUCAUCCUCUGGAUCGGCGUGGUGCCCGCAUCUCUCUCUGGCGAGGACGGCGUCGUCGUGGCCUCCAAGUGCCGCGAGCUUCUUGUAGAAUACGGUAUCACCGACGUCGACGUCGAGAUCCGCGAGUCGGUCAUUACCCGCUCGGCCGGUUCCAAGCUCCUUACGCGUACGUCCAGCUACUACUCUUUCGACCCCACCGCAGAUGUCCGCGAACCUCUAACCACUACGCUCGGUCUCCCAAUAUGUGCCCAGUCUUCGCCUUGCGCUGAAAAUACCGGCGGCUUCGUCAUUGCCGAGGGCGGGAAUACGAAGAGGCUCCUCCUCGUCACUGCUCGCCACCUAGCUUCGUCAUACGUCACGCUCUUCGGCGAUGCGGCGUUCAACAAGUACCUCGAAUCUAUCAAGGCCGAGAUCGGAGGCAAGGCAGUUAAUGCCCAGUAUCACGAGGACCGCAUUAGGGCGAUCAAGGGGAAGGACAGCCCGGUAGCAGACAAGGAGCGCCAGCAUGCCCAGGACGAGUUAGACAAGGCGAAGAAGGCGAUAGAAGAGCUCAACACCUUCUACCAGGACAUUUCGACUCACUGGGCCGCCCCGGAGAGCCGCAUUCUGGGCCAUGUCAUCCUCUCUCCUCCCAUCAAGGUCGGCGUCGGCAGCAGCGGCGAGGGUUAUACCGAGGACUGGGCCGUCGUCGAGAUCGACCCCUCCAAGGUCGAUGCGAGCAAUUUCGACGGCAAUGCCAUCGACCUCGGUACCCGCAUCCCAGUCUAUGAGUUCAGUCGUAUGAUGCAUCCCUAUUCCUGGGAUCCCAGACGCUGGAAUGCCCAUUCCUUCACGUAUCCGUUCGACCAUCUUCUGAAGCUCGAGGGCACCAUUCCGGACGAGGAGAUGCGUCACCCGACUGCACUCGACCAGAACGACGAACCGUGCCUCAUGGUGAUCAAGCGCGGCUUCACUACCGGCCUGACCGUCGGCCGCGCCAACAACAUUUUCUCCUACGCCCGUAACUACUACGACGAUGAAAAAGCCAAGAUCUCCAAAGAAUGGGCCAUUCUCCCGCGAGACCACAAGUCUUUCGCCUUCCCGGAGCAGGGCGACUCGGGUUCUGUCAUCGUCGACGGUCGAGGACGCAUCGGCGGCCUACUCACCGGCGGUGUUGGCGAAACGCGUUCCUCGGACCCGGACGUCACUUACGCCACGCCCAUCAGCUUCCUCCUCAAGCGCAUGCGAGACAACGGACUCCGUAUUGACACUAUAUAA